CUAUUUCACUAAUGCAUGCCCUGUAGACCUAUCUAUGUCGGUGUUGCUCACAUUUCACCCACCACAGACCAUUUGGCAAGUUACCCAAACUCGUGAUCCCAAUAUCACGUAACCAGCUGAAGCAGUUUGUUUUUCACUAACCUUGAGGAAUUACGGCAUCGCCGAAAUCAUGGCUGUUCAAAAGCAAACUAUGCCUUCCUUUGCUUCUAUUAUUUCUGUUCUCUCCAUUGUGUUUUACUGCGCUGGCUUUUUACGAGUUGAGCUGGAACUACACGAACAAAAUAAAAGGAUAAACGCUCUUGAAAGCGUUGCGAAGGCCAAGUCGCCGUCAAACAAUGCCGACAUGAAGAUAAUCAAGAAUGCUCCUGGUAAGUUUUUCUGCUACAAGCUAGAGUUGACAAACGCAAUGUCUGAACUGAAGUCUCAAAUGAUCCAGAAGUCAAGUAUUUCUGUUUUAGUGCGGUCAGUAGAUUUAACAGUGGUAUCAAGGUUUCCUACAUGUAAGUAUCAAUCUUAUUUCAUGAUAUCAUUUUUGGCCUUCUCCCUAGGAAUUCAAUCCUCUGAACUUAAAAGACACAGCCGUCAAGUAGACUCAAACGAGAACUCGACAGAAGCUAAACACACAGUAGAAACGAUGCUCAAAAUAAACAAACUUUUAUCAGAGGCAAGAGUACAUCUCUGUCAGUCAAAGGGUGUCACGUGCUCCUCAGGUCCCCCAGGCCCUCCCGGUCCACCUGGACCUAGAGGACACAAAGGAGCCCGGGGACGAAGAGGACAGAUUUCUCCUGUGACGUUGACAGUGAACGAAGGUGGAACAGCCUCGUUUCAGUGUUCAGCCAGUGGUAAUCCUGAGCCUGCAGUAGCGUGGAGUAAACUGAACAGUCAGUCACAAAUUACUCGGUCAGCGGUUUCAGAAGGAAAGCUGGAGUUAAAGAAGGUAACCGGAAGUGACUCAGGCGUGUAUCAGUGUUCAGCAACGAACAUCCUGGGGAAUUCACGGGAAGUGGUGCGAUUAGCAGUGAAUGCUCAUCUUCAAGUUUCUCUUCAACCCGGGCCUAUGUACGUCACCGGAGGAGGUAACGUCACCCUAGCAACAUGUCACGUGACCGGAUACCCGGCACCAGUGGUUACCUGGAGGAAGUCGUCUGGUCAGUUACCCAAGGGGAGAGCGCACUAUAACAACAGUGUCUUACAAAUUUCCGAUGUCCGUAAAAGUGACUCUGACGCAUACUUCUGUUCUGCGGUCAACCUUUUAGGAAAUGCUGAAAGGAAAACUCUCUUAGUUGUGGUUUCCCUUCCUGUGUUUACCGUUAAGCCACCUGGAAAGGUGCUUGCUGCUACUGGCGACACUUUGACGUUAAACUGCAGCGCUACUGGUGACCCAAGACCAGUCAUCAGCUGGAAAAGACAAGGAGAAGGACUGCCUGUGGGGAGGAGUGACAGUAUAAACAAUGCACUUAUCUUAACAGAUUUGAAAAAAAAGGAUGCUGGAAACUACAUUUGUGUGGCUACAAGUGCAGGAGUGUUUGAUAUCGAGGCAAUUGCUCACUGUGAUAUGUCUUCUCUUCUGGCAGAUUGUUCUGAUCUGCUAAAAUCAGGCCAUACUAAGAGUGGAUUGUACUCUGUCAACCCAGACGGUAGAGGACACUUUACUGUCUACUGUGACAUGCGCACUGACGGUGGAGGCUGGACCGCCUUUCAGAGAAGACAAGAUGGCUCGGUAGACUUCUAUCGGGGAUGGAACGACUACAAAGCAGGCUUUGGUCAGCUGACUGCUGAGUUCUGGUUAGGAAACGACAAGAUCCACCGUCUGACGGCCUCUAGACGGAGCUCUCUACGAGUGGAGCUGGAGGACUGGAACGGAGUUAAAACGUACGCCAAAUAUGGCAAGUUCAACAUUGGUAAUGAGCAGGCGCAGUAUCGACUUGAAGUGGGUUCAUAUUAGGGUACAGCGGGAGAUUCGUUAGCAUCGCAUAAUAACAUGGCGUUUACGACAAAAGGCCGAGAUAAUGACAGAUCUGGUGCCAACUGUGCUGAACAUAAUACAGGCGCCUGGUGGUACAACGUUUGCUUCAGAUCCAAUCUAAACGGACAACAUCUGGGUGACAAACGUGAUAACCGAGGAGCCAGUUGGAGCGGCUUCAGAGGUUCUCUUUCUCUCAAAUUGACUGAAAUGAAACUGAGGCCGUUAUCGUAGAAAGAAUUUUAGUAA